UGGCUCACACCAGUUGGCUCAAGCCAGGAUGUGGACAGAACCUAGGUUGUCAACACCAGUUGCCUCUGGCUUGCAUGGGUUGCGGCGGAUCGGUGUCAAAACAAGCUCUUCAUGAUGAGUUGGAGGCCCACGAGCGUGAGCUGGAAACUGAGCGACGACGCCUGCAGGAGAAAGACUCUCAAAUCGCGAGCGUCCAGGAAUGCUUGCAGCGACAGCUUCAAGGCUCAGAGCAGGAGUCCUCACGGUCCAGCCGCUCUCUGGAAGAACUCCAUUCAGAGCUGCAGGCAAAACAUCGGCACCAUGAGGAAGCUUUGGAGAACCAGCGGAAGCGAAUCGAGGAGGAGCAUAAGGAGGAGUUGCAUGCCACGCUGAAGGCCCGGGAGCAAGAACUCAUCCGAACUCUCGGAGACCGAGCAGAGCAAGCAGAGCGGGAGGCGGUCAGCCGCAGAGAAGCUGAGGAAAUGGCCAAAGCUGAAGUUGCGGCUGGGCUAAAUCAGGCCAGGGCUGCUGCUGAUGUGGAGGUACGCAAACAUCGUGCGGAGGUAGAGGCUGCUAGGGCUGAGCUGCGGAUGCUGAGGGGCCAGAUCGAUCCUCUUCGUGCUGAGCAUAGCGAGGCGGCGGAUAAGUUGCUCUCAGCGCGCACUUCGCUGCGGGAAGAGCAGGAAGAGAGGAUGUCUGGCAAGCAAGUGUCUGCACUACAGCUGCGCCUUGCAGAGGCACACCGUGAGCACGAGCGGGCCGAGCAGCGUCACGGUGAUGUGACUGCGCACUUGAAAGCCCACUUGCGUGAUCUCAACGAUGAGCUUCAAUCGCACACGGAGGAACUGAAAGAGCGAGACGCAGUGGUGCUUCGCCGUGACCAGGAGCUCGCGGAAGUCAAUGGGCAGCUCAGCGAUUUGCAGGGCCUGUUUGACGAAGUGAACGGCCAGCUGCAGCGUGAGUGCGGGCGCAUUGAGAGGCUUCAAGGGGCCGUGACGCAGUGUGCAAGGCAAGCCAAAGAACUGGAGUCCUUGCAGAACAUGCUGGAGGAAUCCCACCGCAUGCUGGCACAACUGCGUGAAACAUUGGACAAGGAGCGUGCUGAGCGCCUUCGAGUUGCUGGGCUUUUGGAGCAUGAGCAGCAGAGGACGCAGCUUCUUCUGGACGUGCUGAAGCACUUCAAGGAGAAGCUGCAGGGCUUGACUCCACAAAUGCUGUUGGGCCGCUUGGGUGUGUCCGAUCCGAAGGUGCUGUUUUCCAGCCCAUGGCUCCAGCAACAGUUCGAGGAAACUGGAAAGGUGCAGCCCGCAAAGGGCCCUGUCCAGAGCGGGGCUGAUUUGCCCUUUGCACUCGGCACAAGUCCUGGGCUAACACCACCCAUGUUUUCUGGAACAGAGUGGCAAACACCGUCACCAAAACCCUGCGCUUGGCCAGCAGGUUUCGAGGUUCCGCCAGUGCCCAUGGCGACGCCACCAGGGGCACCCUCGGCUUCUUUGGUGUGUGGAAGAUAGCCUGAGCGCAAGCCGCAAUUUCGAGGACUCCUAGUUGUCCAUUUCA